GCAGGGACAGCAGCAGCAAGGACAGAGGGACUGCACUGAGUAGGAGGUCCCUGCCUGUCAAAAUGCCCAUCCUGAAGAAUCUAGAGGUGGCUGACACUAAAGUGCCCCGGGCGGGGACCCUGCCCCUGAGGUCCUCUCAGAACCCCUUUGAGGAAGUUCCAGGAUUGGAAGAAGAGGAGGUUGGGGAGCUGGGGACCCUGCCCAACGGAACAUCUUGUCGCCGCCGCGCCACCCUGGAGAAGCUGGCUGGCCUGGCCCCCUUCCGGCUGGGCUGGACCCCUGGCCGGCGGGCAGGCAGCCCUGGAGAUGGGCAGCCCCGCUCCUUCCUGGGCCGUGUGCUGACACCAGGGAUACGCAGGAGCUCGGCAGACUUUGGCCUCCUGGCCAGGCUUCAGGGGACCCGAGCCCAGGGCGACGAGGAGGCGGCUGGGGAGGCUGCCCGGAGACUGGCCUUCCUGAGACUGGGACGCGGACCCAAGCCCCGUCGUGCAUCCCUGGCCGAGAGGGUGGUGCCCGCUGGCGAGGCGGCCCCUGAGCCCCCUCCCAAGGUCCCCGAGCCCCCAAAGAUGAAGGAGCCUCUGUCAGUGCUGGAGAUCCUGAGCCUGAUUCAGCAGCGCGAGCUCGCGCGGGCCGAUGAGCACAUCUUGGAGCUGGAGGCCGAGGAGCUGGCGUCGUCGGGGGGCGGCGGCGCGCCCGGGCCGCCAGGGGCCGAGGGCGCAGGCGGGGGCCGCCGGGCGCGGGACGUGGCGCUGCUGUACGAGGCCCUGCAGCGCGAGCUCUGGGCGCUGGUGCGCGAGACGCUGGCGGGCCCCGGGCCGGGCGCGGGCGCCGGGGCGGGCGCCGUGGCGCAGCUGGGCCAGGUGCUGCUGCAGGAGGAGGCGGCCGACGGGCGCCGGGGGCCGGGGGCCGCCCGCAAGCUGCGCGCCCGCUGGGCCGAGGCGGUGGGGCGCGCGGCGCGGGAGCGCCUGGAGGCGGCGGCGCCCGGGGCGCCGGGGGGCCUGGCGGGGCAGCUGGAGGCGCUGCGGGCGCGGCUGCUGGAGGACAUGGGCGUGGUGCGGGGCCGCCUGGCGCCCGCCUACCCUGCCGGCCUGGGAGCCUUCGGCGUCUACCUGCGCGGCUACCACGGCGCGCUGGCCGAGUGGCUCGGGGCCGCCGCCCGCCGGAGGCUGCCGCUGACCGACCGCUACGCGCUGCUGCACUGGCACAACCAGGUGUACCCCAGAGAGGUCCUAGGGCUGGUGGACUUGGUAGCCCUAGAGAAUGGGGAGCUGGGGCCCCUUCUGUCUCCCGGCACCCUGCGGGGCUUGGAGGACGAAUGCGUCACAGACGUUAAGGCUCAGACGCGCGCAGCCCUGCUUCAGGUGCUGCAGGAGAACGAGGAGCACUGGGGAAGCAUGGAGGACCGGCCCAGCAGCCUGGCGCAGGAUGUGUGCGAGCUGCUUGAGGAGCACACGGAGCGAGCACCCCGCAUCAGCCAGGAGUUUGGGGAGCGGAUGGCCCACUGCUGCCUGGGGGGGCUGGCGGAAUUCCUGCAGAGCUUCCAGCAGCGGGUGGAACGAUUCCACGAGAAUCCGGGAGUUCGCGAGCUGCUACCUGACACUUACGUCAGCAGGACCAUCUCCCUGGUCAAUUGCGGGCCCCCACUGAGGGCUCUGGCAGAGCGCCUGGCCCGGGUGGGGCCCCCCGAAAGUGAGCCGGCCCGGGAAGCAGCAGCCAGUGCGCUGGACCGUGUGACCAGGCUCUGCCACCGAGUCCUGGCUGACCUGCUGUUCCAGGAGCUUCAGCCCUACUUCAAAAAGCUGAUGCGCAGGAAGUGGCUGAACAGCCCGGAGGCCCUGGAUGGCAUCGUGGGCACGCUGGGCGCUCAGGCCCUGGCACUGCGCAGGAUGCAGGACGAGCCCUACCAGGCGCUGGUGGCCGAGCUGCACCGGCGCGCGCUGGUGGAGUACGUGCGGCCCCUGCUCCGCGGGCGCUUGCGCUGCCGCUCGGCGCGAACCCGCAGCCGAGUGGCCGGGAGGCUCCGGGAGGACGCGGCGCAGCUGCAGCGGCUGUUCCGGCGGCUGGAGUCCCAGGCCUCGUGGCUGGACGCCGUGGUGCCCCAUUUGGCCGAAGUCCUGCAGCUGGAAGACACACCCAGCAUCCAGGUGGAGGUGGGGGUGCUGGUCCGGGACUACCCAGACAUCAGGCGGAAGCACGUGGCAGCCCUCCUCGACAUCCGGGGCUUGCAUAACACAGCAGCCCGCCAGGAGAUCCUGGCCGUGGCCCGGGACCUGGAACUGUCUGAGGGGGGAGCCCUGUCACCCCCUCGGGACCGCGCCUUCUUCUCAGACAUCUCCGUGCCCCGCCCACCUUUCUGCCUUGGCCUCCCUCUCUUCCUGGGCUGCCUUCCCCUCUCCCGGGUGGCCAGGUCUGGUUUGGCCUGUCUGCCCCGACUUCGGCCUCUGUCUCCAUCACGGCCCCCUACCCAACGCUGAGACUCUCCCAGCCCUCCACCUCAGUGCCCCCCAUCUUUGCUGCUGACAAACCGUCCUCCUGUACGGGCUCCCUCUUGACUCCCUGCCUGGGACCACAGACUGCCCCGCUCCCGCCCCGGUGUGUGUGUGUGGGGGAUGGAAAGGUCCUCAGAGGUCUUGGCCACCCCUAAACCCCCCAAAUAGAAGAGAAACAGGCCGGAGGGAGCAAGGACUUUCCCAAGGCCAUGAAGCUCGUUCCCAGCACCAGCUCCCGGCCCAGUGUGCGGUGGCAGGCGUUUUGGAAGGCUCUACAGAAGUAUCCCAGGCCCCCCCUUUCCCCUCACCUCAAGGUCUGGCCCCGGUCCAACAUAUUAAGGAAUGUACGAUACUUAGAAUAAAGAGGUUUCUAUUUAACACAAGGAAGGGCUGAGUCCCCAGUGUGUGGGGGAGGAAGGACCGGGGGCAGGGCCCAGGGCCAAGGGCUUCUCACACGCCCGAGGCUGGGCUGGGGUCCAACUCCUGGACAGGGCAGUGGAGGCUGAGGGAGGCCCUGUGGGCCAGAAGCGGGCAAGUUCAUCCCCUUUACCCCCCGAGGCCCCCAGGCGCGGGACUCCGGGGCAGGCCCUCAGCCACGCUCGGCCAGGGUCCCACAUUUCGUCAAUCCUGAAGUGCCUCUCCCUGGUUUCUGGGCUUGGUGGUUCCUCCUUGGCACACCCCACCCCCCUCCAUCCAUCCUUAGCCGGGAAGCUGUGUCAAGAGAGGAAGGAGGUUGGGGGCAGGGCCGGCGGCAUCCAGGGCGCCCUCCUGGGUUGAUGCAGGAAAAUCUCAGGGUGGGAAAAAUUCCAGCCUCUCACCCACAGCCCCGCCGGAUUCUGGUCCCCACGGAGACCUUGAGGUCACCUCCCUGAUGACCCCUACCCCUCCGGCCUGGUUGGACAGCCUAUGAUGGAUGCUUCCUGGGGGGGUAUGUGCGUGCGCGUGUAUGUGUGUGUGCGCAUGUGUGUGUGUUUCCCUGAGAAAUGGGAAGGAGGAGGCAGCCAGCGGUCAGCUCUGGGGCUGGGGUUGGAACCUCACCCACAUGUGAACUCAGGAAGGUGGGGACUCAGGAGUCUUGGAGCCUCUGGGCUGUGUGACCUUGGGCAGGAAGCUGCCCCUCUCUGGGGAAGCGCUUAACCUCUCUUUCCCCAGGGCCAAGGUGAGCCAUCUAAAGGGUCUACCCUCCUCACUUCCACUGCUAAGAGGACACCUUCAAUGUCACUGAUGCACAACAGAGGAGAGGCAGAAUGAACGACGGGUUGCGGUCUUGUAGGCAUUUCACGAAGGACCUGUGGACCUCCGUGCGGCAGUAUUCUUCCCAGAUGUGGGUCCCCCAUUUACAAACAGCUUGAUGGAGACAGGAUCUGCAUGCCAGACCAUUCAUCCCUUUGAAGGUUCGAUUCAGUCGCUCUUGGUAUAUUUGCCGAGUUGUACAACCAUCAUCACAGUCAGUGUUAAGAACAGUGUCAGCAUCCCAGAAAAGAAACCCUGUACCCCUUAGCCGCCCAUCCCCCUCAGGCCCUGGCGACCACUGGUCUACUUUUUGUCUUUGUAGAUUUGUCUAUUUUGGACAUUUCAUGUAAGUGGGGUCAUAGAAUAUGUGUGUGUGUGUGUGUGUGUGUUAAGAAUACUUAAUAUGGGACGAACGCCUGGAUGACACAGUGGGUUAAGUGUCCAACU